CAAAGUACAAAUCUCUUAAAAUACAAAAACACAACUUUACCAAAAUAAUAGAAAAGAUGCACUGAGCCGCCAAAAUGUCAAGUACCAAACAAAAUAUUACGUUUAAAAAAUCAACCAAUCGCGUCAUCUUCGCGUUCGGAUUAUCUAUAAUGGCGUUUUACAUUACGAAGUCAAUGUUAUCAAAAUUUAAUAAGGAAUCAUAUCAACCUUAUUCAUUUGGCGAAGAAGAGAGAAGCAGCAGCAGUAGUGAUCUAUGGCAGCAGUUUGACGGGAAAAAAUCUCUACAAUUAUCAAAAGAAAUGAUAUGCAGGGUAUGUGCAAGAAACGGUUGUACUCCAUUAACUGAAAAGUUAAACAGUUAUGAUAUUAUUAGUGCCAUUCGGAGCAUUGCCAAUAUAACGAUUGAUUUAGAUGAUUCUUUGCCUAAGUAUAUAUGUACUGAAUGCUUAGAUAUGUUAAAAGUUGCCUUAAAUUUCAAAACUAACUGUGAAACAGCUGAUAAAAAGUUUAGGAAAUUAUUGAACCCCAUGGGUAACCCAGCUUUCUAUUCAUAUCCGUAUUCCAAGAAUGAUUUUCAAUUAAUUUUACAUAAGAUGAAAACUAAACAGCUGAAGAUUGCACAGGAAAAAGAGAAGCUUCGUAUGAAGAGGGAAAAAUCAAUAAACAAAAAAAUGCCCAAAGUCAAACAAUUCAAAUGUUCCCCCUGUGAUGUGGUUUUCUCUACAAAAGAAAAAUUGAUGGUUCAUCGUCGCGAGAGACAGUGUAUGAGACGUGCAUGUGACGUGUGCGGCCAGCUUGUUCUCAGUAUAUCGCAUCACAUGCGUCAGAUACACAAACAGACGGUGCCUCAUAAGUGUCCGACUUGCAACAAAGAGUUUUCAAUAUUGGCAAGACUCAAAAAUCACAUGAUGAUCCACACAAACACAUUCAAUUUCUUCUGUGAUUUGUGUCCGUACAAAUGCAAAUACAAGUAUUAUCUGGUGCUGCAUAUGCGCACCCACACCGGCGAGAAACCUUACAAGUGUACACAGUGCAGCGCUACUUUCGUAAAUCCUUCGAAUCUCAACAAACAUAAAUUAACACAUCAAGAAAAGCAGUAUAAGUGCAAAAUGUGCGAGAAAGCUUUCCGUACUAAUUCCGCGCUGAGGCAACACCGCGAGGCGGCCCAUCUCAACAUCAAGCACCCUUGCAAUCUGUGCGGAAGGGACUUCUGUUACAAGUCGGAUUUGCGCAAACACGAGAUACGCAGCCACAACCGCGCGAAGCGGGACUACGUGGGCGGCGAGCCCGCCUACAAGCAGUGGGAGCGCAUGCAGAAGGACGACCCCGCUGACGUCACCAAGUGGCGCUCCGACGACGCCUCCCUCGUCCAAGGGGCCUACAUCGAACCGCCCAAGCAGUUUGUACAUACGAACAACGGAAUGUACUUCUCGGACGUGUCCGGCCUGAUACAACACCAGCCUCAAAUGGUUCAACAACAAACUGUGGAAAUAAUACUGCCCGAACUUAAUUUGAAAAAGGACGAAGUGACUAUAUAUGAAACCGAUCAAGGAAUAGGGUAUUUUUAAAGUGAAAUAUUAUGUUAUAAUUAAAGACUUGAUGAAGGUGCACCAAUUAUUUACGAAGAUGGCUUAUAAAUGUAUUCGUUUACUCAAAUGUAACAAAUAAACAUGAACGCUUUAUACAAUAAAUAUUUAUGUUAAAA